UAAUAACAAUGAGUUGUGCGGAUUCCGUAACGAAGCAAAUCAAUAUUCGAAUAUUAUUUUUUGCAAAAGCACGUGAAUUGGCAGGAUUGGAUGAAGUGACAUAUAGCAUCGAAACAAAUACGAUAACAUCCCUCAAACUACUGGCAGAAUUAAGUGCUGCGUAUAAUUUGGAAUCCAUUAAAUCUACAAUUAUAUUGGCCGUCAAUCAAAACUAUUGUAACGUCAGUGAAGAAGAACAACUCUCCUUGAAGGAAGGUGAUGAAGUGGCAAUUAUUCCUCCCUUAAGUGGUGGAUAG